CAGUUUCCGGCGAUUGAUUCGCCUAAACCCGUCAUAUAGCAUAAAAGCUUCAUUGGUCGACUGAGGGAGUCGUUCUUAAUUUUCGAAAUGAUUGAAUUUUAUGUUGAAUAAUUGAAGUAAGUGGCCUGCACGAAGCGAUGCCACCGUCGCUACGGCCGAUCAGAAAAUCAGUUACUGGAUUACGGGGAUGACACAAUCACUGCCUUAUUUACAGAUUAUGCAUUUGAAAGUUUCCCUCCGAAAAGCAAUUUCCUUCGAAGACAUGAGCUGAACCGUCCCCAAUGCUGUCCGCUCCCUCUCAUGUCCGCUUCUCUCGUCAAACGAAAACCCGUCCGCCGCCGUCUGAUAUCUCCCCUCCGCCCCCUCUCCCCGCCGAACCCGAGAUGGGUGUCCUCUUCAACCCGCCAACGGACCAAAUCUCCCCUGCUGCAGCUACUGACCCGCCAUCUUCCCACACUCUUCAGUUCCCGAACCAGCUUCAGAGAAGAAGGCGGCAAUGAUUAUGACCUGGAGCUCACUCUCGUUUCCAUCCUCAAAGCCUGCGCUUCCGAUAAAGCCCUUUCCCCGGGUCAGCAGGUCCACGCCCUUAUCCUGAAAUCGGGCCUCGACUCCAACUCUUACGUAAAUAACAGCUUAAUUAAUGUGUACGCCAAGUGUGGGUCUAUGGUCGCAGCUAAGUCGCUGUUCGAUGCCUCUCAGACCAUCCCUGACCCGAUUUCUUGCAACAUAAUGAUCGGUGGUUAUGUAAAACUGGGCCGCUUGAUGGACGCCCACAAGUUGUUUGAGAGAAUGCCGGGCAGAGGAUGCGUAUCCUACACGACCAUGAUAAUGGGCUUCGCGCAGAAUAAUUAUGGGACGGAGGCAGUUCGCAUUUUUAAAGAUAUGCUGGCCGCAGGUCUCAUCCCCAAUGAGGUUACUGUGGCGAGUUUAAUCUCCGCUUGCACUCAGUUGGGCGGUGGAAUUUGGGCCUGUAGGAUGAUUCACGCACUUUCGUUUAAGCUUCUACUUGAUACUUUUGUCAUCGUCUCGACAAAUUUGCUGAACAUGUACUGUGUCUAUUCAAGUCUAGUCAGUGCAAGAAAGUUGUUCGAGGAAAUGCCAGAGAGGAACUUAGUUUCAUGGAAUGUGAUGCUGAAUGGGUACGCGAAGGGGGGGCUUGUCUCUUCGGCCAAGGAGUUGUUCGACGAGAUGCCUUCCAAGGAUGUGAUCUCUUGGGGCACGAUGGUGAAUGGCUAUGUUCAAGCAGGGAUGAUAAGGGAAGGAUUAAUGAUGUGUCGUGAAAUGUUACGGUCCGAACUUAGACCGAACGAUGUAAUGCUAGUUGAUCUGAUCUCAGCUUGUGUAAGAUCAACUGCAGUUGUCGAGGGCCAGCAACUUCAUGGUGCGAUAAUAAGGCGCGGUUUUGACUGUUAUAAUUUCAUGCAGGCCACAAUCAUCCAUUUCUACGGAGCCUGUGGCUUGAUUGACCUUGCCUGCCUGCAACUCAACAUUGGUUUCAAGGACCAUCUAGCAUCGAUAAACGCCUUGAUAGCAGGUUUUGCAAGAAAUGGGAUGAUCAACCGAGCUAGGGAGAUGUUUGAUGACAUGUCCGAGAGGGAUGUCUUUUCGUGGACUGCAAUGAUUUCUGGCUAUGUGCAGCAUGAGCAACCUGCUACAGCCUUAGAGCUCUUCCAUAGAAUGAUUGCAAGCGGUUCUCACCCGAAUGAGGUAACCAUGACAAGCGUGUUCUCUGCCAUCGCCACUCUGGGAUCACUGAGUGAAGGGCAGUGGGCUCACAAGUAUGUCGUGAAGAAUGCUAUCCCAAUCAGCAGCAACUUGAGCGCGUCGAUUAUAGACAUGUAUGCAAAAUGUGGGAGCAUUGACUCUGCUUUGGAAGUCUUCGAUCGAGUUCGAGACGUGGCCUCUGAUGUCUCCCCGUGGAAUGCUAUUAUAUGUGGGCUAGCCAUGCACGGGCAUGCAGAUCUCUCCCUUGACCUGUUCUCUGACCUGCAGAGACGUCAAAUCAAGCUCAAUUCGGUCACUUUCAUUGGAGUCCUGACUGCGUGUUGCCACUCUGGGCUUGUGGAGGAAGGGAAGAGAUACUUCAGAAGCAUGAAGAGCAUCUACAAUGUGGAGCCCGAUGUAAAGCAUUAUGGGUGCAUGGUGGAUAUGUUAGGAAGGGCCGGGAGGGUGAAAGAAGCGGAAGAAUUGAUUCAGGGCAUGCCCAUGAAGGCAGAUGUUGCAGUGUGGGGGUCAUUGUUAGCGGCAUGUAGAAUUCAUGGGCAUGUGGAAAUCGGGGAGAGGGCUGCGAAGAAUAUGGCAGAACUGGAACCGUCUCAUGGGCCAUGCAGGGUUAUGUUGUCCAAUAUAUAUGCUGAUGCAGGGAGGUGGAACGACGCCUUUCUUGCAAGGAGAGCAUUGGUGAGGCAUGGACUGGAGAGAUCACCCGGGUUCAGUGGUGUCCUGUGACAGUUAUUUGGUUAGCAGUAACUUGAAGCCGGGCUUGAAUUGGGAUGAUUAUGAGUUUUGUCACGAAAUUAGCUGCUGGUGAAGUUCAGUUUCUGAUCAAAUGCUUUCAGUGCAGGGCGCCACUGUCACCGAAAGAAUUUGCCAUGGAAAUUCUGAUUCUGAUCGAAUAUUGUGCAGAAAGAGUGUGCUGAUGUUUCUCGACAUCAAUGUCUGUUGCUUUAAGAAGUCAUAGGGGAACGACAGGAAGGUGCAAGCGAGUUCCAUGGAUUCAGUGAUACAAGCCAAUAUGCUCCUCGAUUACCAUAUGUGUCGUGCCACUAGAUUGAGAUCCUCUGCACACCCGUGCAGGUUCUUCAGUCGGGGCGAUUUUGGAUUGGUUAUUAUCUACUCCUUGUCGGUCUUAUUUCUUGGUUCCAAAAAGCUCAGUUGACUAACCAUUGGCCAUGUAUCGUUCGGGUCAUUCAAUGCUGUAAAGAAUAUUUAACCCAAUAGUAUGUCUGGACUGGGUGAGCAGACACUAUAGAAGGCUUGAUCGAGCUUUGAGUCUGUACCGUUAAGUUCUUAACUCAAACUUCGUUUUCUUUCUUA